AUGAUAAUCAGGUGCCACUGUGGAAUCGAAGCGCAAUUAAAAAGAUCCUCGACAAAACAAAAUUACGGUCGAUAUUUUUACUCGUGUUCGAAAUAUAAUACCGAAGAAAGUGGGACAGAGUGCAAUUUUUUUUGCUGGCAAGAAGAAGCACAAAAGAAAAGUCAGAGUGGUACGGCGAGUGCGUUAAAGAUGAAACAAAGAGAGACGGGAACUAUUGGGACUAGUUCUCCGGCUUCAACGAGUAGAUUGUCAUCACAAAUUGAGAUAACUGACUAUGAUAAUAACCCGGAUGCUGAGAUAAAAGGUCAAAGACCGGAAUCUGAAAAAACAUUAACAAACAUCGUAGAAGUAACUUCAAUCACAACAAAAAAUACUCCUGAUGUUACUGCUUCUUCUCCACAAAAGACCAAAAGGCUCAUAAUAUUAUCCGAUUCUGACAACGAAUUAUCAACGGAAAAAACAUCAUCACAAUUAUCGAGUAGUGGUUUUCUCGAUAAUGUAAUCACAUAUGUAAAUGAACAGAAUAAAGCUUUAUCACGUGAGAAAUUAUUGAAAAACGAAGCGAGACUACAACUUCAAAAAUCACAAUAUGAGAAUGGACAAUUGAAGCGAGAGAAUCAAGAAUUAAGACAGCGGUUGAGAAGUAUUAAGAGAAAGCAAGAACUCGAAGACGAAGAUGAAGAUGAAAGUGAAGAGGAACGAGAUUUAGAUAAUAACGAGAAACAGAGACGGCGUGCAAAGAAAGGAAGACUAAAUGAUUAG